AUGAUGAUGAACUCGAUGGAGAGGUGGGGCGCACUGUGGAGAUGGAGCUGGAUGGAAAGGUAUGGCGUUGGAGUAGUGGGGUCCGGCUUUGUUGGCGCUGGUGGCAUCGGAGGGGGAGAAAAGGGAAAGGGCGCGCGGGGUGGGAGGGGCGGGAAGGGUUGGGUUUGGUGGGAAGUGGCCACGGGGAGGUUUCUGGGGCGCGGCUCAACGCGACACAGUAUUCAGUCCGAUGGAACUCUUUUCCUUGCUUCCUUCCUUCCUAUCCUGCACCAAACUUCUGCUUCUCCCUCCGACUCGACUGAGCUAGGGCGCCGAACCUUUGAACUGAACUGGACUGAGCUGGGAGAGGGCUAUGUAAUACAGAUAUAG